AUGACGUUGUUGCCAUCCGUUGCACGCGGCCACCGUGCGGUGAAGCUACAGCCCUACCUGCAUAAACUGAUUGAUGCCUUAUUCCCGGAUUGGGUCUCGUUGACCACAAACCUGGAGACAUACAAGAUCAAUGAGUUGAUCAGGUUGGUGCUCAUGCCGUGGUGGUAUGUUUGCAUUAUGCGCUCGCUCUCAACACAAGGACUCCAUAAAGACCCAAAGAGAAGCAAAGCAACAAUAAAGCUAUGUAUAAACCGAACAUGUAGGGGUAGCCUGCAAGUUGCCGGUCAUAUUCAGGUUGCUCUUAAUGUCCACGAGUCAAACAUGCUACCCGCAUAG